UUAAACCUCAGCUGGAGAGAAGGGAAGUGAGUUCUUUUCGUAGCUGUCACCCAGAGAACAAUAUGGGUGGUUCCCCAGCAUGCCUCAUCCUCAUCACUCUCCUCUGCCAGCUCACAGGGUCAGCAGUCUCUGAAGCCAUGAUGGAUCUGGUUGGUGCUGUUGGUGGAUCAGUGACUUUCCCUCUGAAGAACACAGGAAAGCAAGUUGACAGCAUUGUCUGGGUCUUCAACAUAACCACUCUUGUCACUCGACAGCCAUUCAGGAAAGGCAAACCAGCCACUGUCAUAGUGACUCAAAAUCGUAAUACGGAAAGGAUAAACUUUACAGAUAAAGACUUCCUGCAGCUCAGCAAACUACAGAAGAAUGACUCAGGUGUCUAUCGUGUGCAAGUGUACAGCUCAUCCUCCGAGCUUCCCUUCACCCAGGAGUAUAUGCUACGUGUGUAUGAGCAUCUGUCAAAGCCCAGAGUCACCGUGGGUCUGCAGAACCGUGAAAAUGGCACUUGCAUGACCAAUCUGACAUGCUCCAUGGAACACGGAGGAGAGGAUGUGACCUACAGCUGGGAGGGCCUGGGACAGGCAGUCAAUGAGUCCCAUGAUGGUCCCAUCCUCUUCAUCUCUAGGAGACUGGGGAGGACGGACAUGGCCUUCACCUGCAAGGCCAGGAACCCCAUCAGUAGCAACUUCUCAAGCCCCAUUCUUGCCUGGAAGCUCUGUGAAGAUGAUGGCUCUGUUUCCUCCAUGGUCUUCCUGCAACUCCUGUGCCUGCCCAUCCUGGUCAUCUUCUUCAUAUCAAUACUAAUUCAUUUGAGAAUGCGGAGAGAGAGAAAAGAAGAGUCCACUGAAGGGAAGGAACAAAUGGACAUUCAUCAGGAAGUUCCUCAUUUCUGCCCCAGUUCUGGAGAGACCACAGAGUAUAACACAAUCUCUUACAGUAAUAAUAUGGUUCCAGAGGAAGAUUCAGUAAAUGGGCUAUAUUCUACUGUGCAGAUACCAAAAACGAUGGAGAGUCCCUGCUCCCUGCCCACAAUACCAGGCAUACCGAGGCCAACCACCUAUGAGAACAUCAUCUAAGAGCAGUGAACUCUCUCAAAUAUUUCCCCAAAGGAAAUCACAGUAAGAUUUCACUGGACUGUGGACUAGCAGAUGGUGUCAUGGUAACAUCACUAGACUUCCACAUGACUGACUGUGGUUAGAGUCCUGGACCCAGUGGUUUAAAACUCAUGCCAGGCACAUGUGCAUGUGUGCCCCAAA